AUGAUCCUCGCGAGAACUACACCACUAGAUAAGGUCAAGAAGCCAAGCGAAUGUCUCGAAAUGCGACGGCUCAAGAAAAUGGGUGGCCGAGCUGUCGACACCAAUGAAGUAUUCUUCGACAACUAUACCAUCCCCUCCUCAUCCCUCAUCGGCGCAAAAAACAAGGAUUUCGAAAUGAUUCUCCACGGAAUGAAUGCCGAGUGCUGCCUCCUCGCCGGCGAAGCCCUCGGUCUCGGCUACGCGUCCCUCUCCAAAGCAGCAUCCUACGUCAAAACCCGGGUUGUGUUCAAACGACAGAUCGGGAUGAACUAA